UUGUCAAGAGUAAAACCAGCAUUUCCAUGAAUUUGAUUUUUCAGCGUCGAGAGAAAUAGCGUCUGUCCUUUGGAAACGUGGGAGAAUUUAUAUCCGAAGACUGAACUUCAUCUGUGACUUUCGUCUAUAUUGACAAAGAAUUCACCGGUCUGGGAUAGUUGCUUGGCUUCAGCCUAUCUGGGAUCUGUUGGCUUAUGUAUUUACUGGUUAGCAAACUGAUCUGUGGUACUUGGUCGUUUAUCGUUCAUGAGGUGUUUUAUGUAGUGUUAUCCACUUAAUUUCUUUGUUGCGCUAACUGAACUUCAACUUGUCUGCUGUUCCGUUUUAGCAAGACUAUCUGUCACCCUUGUCCCACCCCUCCCGUUUAUCUCUCAAGCGAGCAAACUGAGGUACUUGACAAGCUAGCUCCAACGUCUACGCUUCUAACGUUAUCUCCCACGGGCUAAGCUGAGUGAUCUCAUUCGCAAGGCAAGCCUACAACCUAGCUACCUCUCUCCGUUUCGCAUAUUAGAUUAGCUCAGCAGUGAUCCCUGUAGUUAAUUUUCCAACACAGUUUGCGUUUGUUGUUAUACUGGCCAGAAAACUGGUGAGGAGGAGGAGGAGGAAGCCAGGGAGAACAUAGCUCUCGAUACAUUAACGACGAAGGUAUCAGUCAACUGUUAGCCGGAGAUAAAUCCACUCAGACGUAGCUAAUAGAUUGCCUUACCAUAGCUCUGGAAUUAGCCAGCUAACGGUUGUUAGUAGUCUCGACAUCGUAAAGUAAGAUUAGUCAGACACUUGUUAGGUUGGUUGAGUCAGACAGUUUGAAUUAUUUGUUACAUAUAGCUAUAGCAGCCGGGCUAAUGCAUCGAUAGAACAAUUCUGUCGCCAGUUAAGUAAAAUUAUUUCUCUGAGCUUAAAUCGAAACGCCACUCUUAGCAAGCGACGAUUCCAAUGGUUGUGAGACCGUUAGCUUGUACACGAAGGUAAGGAUUUGGCCUUGCGAGCUGACAGUUAGCUUAUCAGCGCGCAUUGAAUCUUGCCAUAUCUAAAACAACUUAACUUCACAGCAAGCUUUAAAAUUGCAGGCUUAUUUUGUGUAUUCUCUUUUUUUCCUUCGCCGGCUUUAAUUUGGAGCAGAAGCGUUGCUGAUAUUCAGAAGACACUGGAUUUAACUUUUUGACUCGAACUACCCAAGUAGCUAUCUUAGGUAUAAGAUAAGCCUGCCCCUGACUUAGAUAGUUAACCUAGGUUAGUUAGCCAAUAUAGAAUUUAGCGUAUUUGAAAGCUUAGUUAACAGUUGCGAUUGCUUGAAGUCUUUUGAUUAUAGGAAGUUAUCUUGUUAUAUAGUUUGCUAUUGUAAGUUCUGUGUAUUCCUGUUCCUCGAAAGUGUAAUCAUAUGUAUUGGACCGUAUUCUACUAAUCUUCGCUUGCAAGAAAAUUUAUUGCAAGCACCGGUGAACUGCCUGCUAGCCUGCGAGCUAGCUCUCAAGUACUGUAACCUGUCAGCUGACGUUAGCUAGCUACAUGGACUAAUACAGAAGAAGUUUAUCUAUAUUUUUGUACGAAAGCUCAAGAGCAAUCUGACAAGAGGGCUUGCUAGAUAACACCAGAUCAGUUCAGUCAUGAGUAUUGAAAUACCAGUUGGUCUCACGGAAUUGCUGCAAGGCUACACCGUGGAGGUGCUACGCCAAAGGCCCCCGGACCUGGUGGAAUUUGCUGUACAGUAUUUCACUCGUAUGCGGGAUACCAGGAGCCAAGACGGGGCUGGGUCCGGGUCAGCUGCCAAAGCAGGCGGGAAAGGGGUUAUGUUUGACGGCGAGCCGAUGCAGACAGAGUCGAACGGGGACGAGGAUGAUGAAGACGACGACUCUGACUUUGAGCCCCCUCCCCCCAGCAGAUUUAACCGGAGAGUGUCGGUCUGUGCCGAAGCCUUCAACCCAGACGACGAUGAGGAGGACACAGAGCCGCGGAUCGUCCACCCAAAAACAGACGAGCAGCGCUGCAGGUUACAGGAGGCCUGCCGAGACAUUCUCCUGUUUAAAACCUUGGACCAGGAACAGUUCUCAGAAGUGUUGGAUGCCAUGUUUGAGCUGCGUGUACAGCCAGAGGAGCAUGUCAUUGACCAAGGCGAUGAUGGGGACAACUUCUACGUCAUUGAGAGGGGAGUCUAUGAUAUCGUGGUACAGAAGGAUGGAGUUGGCUGCUGUGUUGGCCAGUAUGAUAAUAAAGGCAGUUUCGGUGAACUGGCUCUCAUGUACAACACACCCCGUGCUGCCACCAUCAUCGCCAAACAGGAAGGAGCCCUCUGGGGACUGGACCGGGCGACGUUCCGUAGACUCAUAGUGAAGAAUAAUGCAAAAAAGAGGAGGAUGUACGAGACCUUCAUUGAGUCUGUUCCACUUCUCAAGUCUCUGGAGGUAUCAGAGAGGAUGAAGAUUGUUGAUGUUUUGGGGGUGAAGUCUUAUCAGGAUGGUGAGAGAAUCAUUAUGCAGGGUGACAUGGCCGACUGCUUCUACAUCGUGGAAUCUGGAGAGGUGAAGAUCAUGAUGAAGAGCAAAACGAAAGCAGAUCAGCAGGACAAUGCUGAGGUGGAGAUCGCCCGCUGCACUAGGGGGCAGUAUUUUGGAGAGCUGGCCCUGGUCACCAAUAAACCUCGUGCUGCCUCCGCAUAUGCAGUGGGAGACGUCAAGUGUUUGGUGAUUGACGUGCAGGCGUUUGAGCGUCUCCUGGGCACCUGUAAGGAGAUUAUGAAGAGGAACAUCGCUCACUACGAAGAGCAGCUAGUCGCUCUGUUUGGCUCCAGCAUGGACCUAAGAGACUGACAGACUGUCCGUGCCUUACAUGUACACACACACACACACACACACACAAACACACACACGCUCUAACUCACUCACACCCAGCUUCAGUCACAUCUAUACACACACACACACACCUCCACGUCAUUGCUCAUACACAUAGUUUAUACACAUGAACAAACCAUUUUGUAAACACACACUCCUUUUUAUGCUCACACACAUAGACACAGACACACACACUUCUGAGGUGUUCACGAUGCACAAAAACUCAUUCAAAACACAACCGUCCGUGUCAACCACUCAGUAUGAAAACAUGAGAUAAAAGCAUUACCGGUCCUCCUUGUGUGACCCUGAACCAAACACAGCCAAACAAAGGACAGUGACAUACAGACACACACACACACACAACACAUACACACACACUGACUUCACCCUCUCAAAACCCUCAGCCAAGGACCCAUCCAUACUCACAAACACACACACAUCACUCUGUCACUCACACUUGCAAAAAAUAAAAUGAUU